AAAAGGGGAAAAUCUCUAGGCCAGGUGAAUGUGUGAGCGUGUUUCUGAGGCUGUGCAGGUCUGGGCUGGCGUCCCCACCUGCAAACACGGCUCUACUAAUACAAGUUCAGCGUUAUCGCUGCAUUUUUAAUGUUUAAUAAGGCCGCCACGCGAGGCCGCCAUUGAGCCACUUACAGCCGCGGGCGCCCGCCCAACAUGGCGGCCGCCCUCAGUGCCAGCCCCGCCUCUGCCCGCACCCAACAUGGCGGCGGCGGAAGCGGCGUUUGCCGAGCGGAAGCGGCGGCGGAGCGGCGGGGCCGGGCGGGCCAUGAAGCUGCUGCGGGCGGCCCUGGCGCUGCUGCCGCUGCUGCCGCUCCUCAGGCCGGCGGGCGCCGUGGAGCCCAUCAGCCUGGGGCUGGCGAUCGCGGGCGCAGCCGCUUCGGCCCUUACCGGCAUCAUCUCCUACCCGCGGCUCUACUGCUACUUCAGGGAGUGCUGCCUCCAGCGGCACGACCAGCGCGUCGCCGCCGGAUUUUCCCUUAUGGAUGGUUUCUGUGUAGUCUGUCCUUUGGGAUUCCUUGUAGCCACACAGAAUAGAUUUUGGAUAGCCUUCUUCAGCCUGCCCGAACGGUCAGGUCCUGUGCAGCUGAUGUGUGAGCAAAGAGAAAAGCCGCCCAUUGCCAACCCCCACGGGAUCGCCCCGAGCUCGUGUGACACUGGUCAGCACCGUGACACGGGGGGACCUUUGGAAAUACCAGUUCCUUUGGUUCCUUUUGUGGUUUGGCAUCGCUAUCGGAUCUUCAGUGGGGCUGUAUUGUGUGGCCCAGUCUGCCUGAUACAGCUUCUGCAGGAGAAUUUGGACAAGAAGCUGUUCGGGCAGCACCUGGUGGGCAAGGUGGUUGUGAAGGCUGUGAAGGGCUUCUUGAACAACACCAAAGCCAAAAAGCCUCUCGCCCUUUCCUUGCACGGGUGGACUGGAACGGGCAAAAACUUUGUCAGUAAGAUAAUCGCCGAAAGCAUUUAUAAGAGAGGUCUGCAGAGUAAAUAUGUCCAUCAGUUCGUGGCGACUUUACACUUUCCUCACGCUCACAGCAUCAAUCUGUACAAGGACCAAUUGCAGUCGUGGAUUCGGGGAAAUGUGAGCAUCUGUCCCAGGUCACUCUUCAUAUUUGAUGAAAUGGAUAAAAUGCACGCGGGACUCAUUGACUCCAUCAAGCCAUUCCUGGACUAUUACGAGUUUCUGGAUGGGGUAUCUUACCGACAAGCCAUCUUCAUAUUCCUCAGCAAUGCAGGAGCUGAAAAGAUAACAGAGGUGGCACUAGAUUUCUGGCGAAACGGGAGGAGAAGGGAAGAUAUACAGCUCACAGAGAUGCAGAACGCACUGUCUGUGUCCGUCUUCAAUAACAAAAAUAGUGGAUUUUGGCACAGCACCUUGAUCGAUAGAAACCUCAUUGACUACUUUGUUCCCUUCCUGCCCCUGGAAUACAAACAUGUGAAAAUGUGUGUCAGGGUUGAGAUUGAAUCCCGUGGCUAUGUUGUGGAUGAAGACAUUUUAACCAGGAUAGCCGACGAGAUGACCUACUUCCCCAGAGAGGAGAGAAUUUACUCAGAUAAAGGAUGUAAAACUGUGGAUGCAAAGCUGGAUUAUUACUAUGACUUCUAACACUUUAUGGCUGCAACCUGCAAAGAAGGAAAUUUAACUUAAUUACCAAGUGGAGCACCCAGGACAUUUCAUUUUUAAGCACUUUUUAAAGAAAGGACCAUUACUUUUUAACUGGUGUGUAAAUAAGUGGCAGUGCUUCUGCAUUUUUAUUCUAUCACUAGUUACGGCUCCCAAGUACUUCAGCCUUGUGUUGCCAAGGUAAGAAAGAACUGUGUGUGAAUGCGGGGGUCUGGGGCUCACAGUGCGGAAGAUUCCUCUUGGAUUGUGUGUUGAUCGUCAGAACUGUUGGGCAAUCUGUUGGCACUUAGAAAAGGACUGAGACUGUGACCUAAUUGCGUGUUGGUUUGACGUGGAUGAUUUCUAGACAAUAAUGAGAAUUUUAAUCAAGUUUCCUAUGUCUGUGAAAGCCUUCGUUUGGCUUAUGUUGGAAUAUUCCUAAUAACUGCAUUAAAAGUAGGAUAAGUGUCUUUUUCUGUUGGUUCCAGGAAAGAUAAGGAGGGGAUUCUGUAAUUAAAAAAAUCCAGAGUCUUCUGUCCAACGUUGUGCAGUACCGUUGUCUUUCUCAAAAUAGUGGCAUGAAUUGGCCUCCCGCAUGUCCAACCAAGAGUGUGAAACUCUUUGAUGUGAAUAGUGUUGAAAGGACAGACUUAAUAUUAGAAGAAAAUGGGUUAAAAUCCUUGACUGUCACUUCAAUGUAGUUGGUUCCUAUUGUUGGUGGUUUUUAAUGUAUAAUAAUCCCCACAGCGCACUCUCCGGGAGUGAUCUCAGGAGGGAGAAAAGCGUCUUCUGACUGGUGGGUCAGCUUCAUGGAAAGGGUGGAACUUAAUGGGAAACACAGGUUAAAUUUUACACCGAGGAAAUGGAAAAGAGAUUUUUUCCUCUUCACCUACAUGUAGAAUUCAGGGGCAGCUUGUAGGGUUUUCCCUGUUUCCUGUUCUCGCAACACUCUGUGCCUUUGGUGCAGGGAUGGAGUCAGAGCCAAAGGCAUUUGAAAACAAUAAUGUGAAAUGUGGCAGCUGAAGUUACUGUGGAAGAGUGUCAGGCUUGUUUUGAAAUGUGAGCACUGCAGAAGCUUUUUUCACUCCAGUUUCUAUUCAAAAUAAACUUUUCUCAUCAGAAAUGUA